CCGAGAGUUGUGUACUUGCUCGAGGUUGGGAGCGAAACAAGCUGGUGGUGCGAUGUUCAUACUUCAACUCUGGGCAUGGGAGCAUCUUCCGUUUCUCGCACCUCAAGACCCUCGGGAAUUCUGGUUGCCAGAUGAUGAGCUACGAUUUGUAGCAAAUCCCCCAUAUGGUUUCAAGUGGAUCGGAGCAAAUACUAACGACCACCAGGCCGAGCACUCUUUACUGUUUUAUCGUGCUGAAUUUGAUAAGCCUUGGUGGAACCAGGCGGUAUGGGAUCCAUAUCCAAAUGAAGUGGUUGAGUUGCAUCGUCUUAGACAUCCCGAGGAUCAAGAGACAUGGUUGUGCAAGGUGCCCUUAAUCUGCUGGCACAUGGUGGAG